ACAGCUCAACAUUCAGGGCUCAGCCAGACGACCAAACGGAUUAACAGGCGCGUCGACUUCCUGAAGUUAUGUAGUACGUAAGAUUUCAGACGCUUUGAAAUCACCGUCGUCAUGUGGGACGUCGCAGGAGGAUGACCGGACACCUGAAUCUUCUAAACUUUACAGGCGCUGGAAGAGCGACUUCCUCCAUAAUGAACUGUGUGGUGAUACUUCUCUUAACAUCAAGCUGCCUCACCUGGUCAUCAGCUAUGUAUACCCCCAGCAGAGCAGCAGCACCCAAGAAGCUAAAGUACCUCCUCGAGCCGCUGGUGUACGCCGAGGUCGUUGGCCGAAGGGGAGAUAACGUCACCUUGCCGUGCAUCCUGAGAACCAAACCCAGCCAUUACAAAGUGAAAUGGACUAAGCUGGAGCCGGGGCACGUCGGGCCCGAGAACAUUAUCAUGAUAUCAAACGCACAAGCCUGCAAGCCGUACGGACAUCUCGGACACCGGGCUUCUCUCCGGAAAGCUCACGCCAUGGACGCCUCCCUGCAGCUCAGCCAUCUGGAGCUGGAAGACAGCGGCACGUAUCGCUGCGAGCUCAUCAAUGGCAUCGAGGACGAGAACGUCGUCAUUUCUUUGAGGAUAGAAGGUGUAGUGUUCCCGUAUCAGAGUAAAAAUGGCCGCUACAAAUACACUUUCCAUGAGGCUAAAGAAGUUUGUGCCCAGCAAGAUGGCACAUUAGCCUCAUACAGCCAACUGUUCAGAGCGUGGACGGAGGGUCUGGACUGGUGUAACGCCGGCUGGCUCCGCGACGGGACCGUUCAUUACCCCAUCAUUCACCCUCGACCGGCCUGUGGAGGAGAGAUGCUCUCCGGCAUCCGCAGUUACGGACCAAAAGACAAGAAUCACGAUCGGUUUGACGCUUUCUGCUUCACCUCCAAGACGUCAGGCUCCAUCUCCUACAUACCAGGGUCUUUUUCCUUCGACCAGGCGGUACGCGCAUGCAGACGUCAGGGAGCCGAGUUGGCGUUGGUCGGCCAUCUUUACUCCGCCUGGCGUUUCCAGAAAUACGACCAGUGUGACGGCGGGUGGCUGAGAGACGGCAGCGUGCGGUUUCCUAUCAGCAACCCCAGGGAGCGCUGCGGAGGCAUCCCCGAGGCGGGGGUGCGCUCGUUUGGGUUCCCAAACAAGACGACGCAUCUCUACGGGGCUUACUGCUACAGGUAGCCCAGAACGGAAACAAACAAAAGAACAGAUGCACUUCUUAUGUCAGUGUCUCGACAGAGAUGUGAGUCCAGGCCCAGAAUUCAUGACCGUGUUUACUACAGCUUGAUCCAUCAACGAGCAGGAAAACCUCAGAUCUGAAGCUACAGCAAUGACAGACAGAUUAAUUAUAAGGUUAUAUUCAAUCUUUUCAAAUUGAAUCAGUCAUUCAGAGAGAGCUUUUAUUGAAAACAGGGACUUUUGAGUCUACUGUAAAGUUAAAAGGCUCCAAUUUCUUGUAACUUGGUGGAGAGAAAAAAUGCUCAGAACUACUUUAGAUUGCAGAUAAAAACCUUUUUUACAGUCAAAACUGAAUGUUUGGGUUGUUUUCAGCUACCAACAUCACAUGGUGCUGUGGCCGCUGAACCACUUGCUGUGUCUCAGUUCAGGUCUGCAUUGUUUGGAGGAGCAUUUAAAGGCCAAUUACGUCACAACGCCACGUGAAGGCUCUCCCAGUCUGAAGGCUCCUCCAGAUGCUCCUUCUUCUCCCUGUUUCUGGAGGAUGCACCGCUACGAUCCUUCACAUAUCCCGAGAUUCUUUGCGCGCCCGAAAAAGAAGAAAGAAAGUGAGAAACUGGCGACAUCGGGUGGCGUAGAUCAUCACUUUCGCAGGCCUGGGCUGCAGGAUUCCUGACAUAAGGGUAAAGCAUCUGGUUGACACGGUUAACAAGGUCUCUGAAGGACUCGCCUUCAAAGGAUGCAGACCCUGAACUGAGACACAGCAUCUGUCUUCAAUCCCUCAUUCAGGAUCUUUAAAUUGAAGUGGAAACAGACAACUUUUCCCUCUCAGCGUUUCUGAUUGGUGUUAUUUUUGCGAUACACUGAGAUGUUUGUUUCGUUUGCUCUCUGCUUCUCUGGUUCCUCCUGGUUUUGUUUUCUGGCUGCUAGCGUUAACUAGCAGUAGCAUUAGGAACUUGUCUCCCGCCACCAGCACAGCUACAAACCAAAAAGAAACACCGAUCUCAGUGCUGUCAUCAACACCCAGCUGUGUUGGUAAGUAGACAGGAUUUGUUACUAACUGUAUGUGGGUUUUGAACCUCUCGAGUCCUGGAGGUGUCUGGGGAGCAAACUUUGAUAUUCAUCGACUGAACACAAGUCAGCUGGCUUUUCAUUUCCUCUGUUUCUAUCUGGGAACUUGGGAGAAAAUGGCAGAGUUGACAUCACGUGAUGCUGAAACACGGCGGACGAAGCUAAAUGUUGGGUUAUAGUCAUUUGUCUUUGUGCUUCGUGUCAAAUACUGGAAACCACUUUCAACUGCGUGUGAGUGAUUACAUGAACAGUUUGAGGAACAACUUUGCGACUCUGGAAAUGAGAGUAAUCCUCGCAGGCUGUGGUUGUGAAGCAUUUUUCAUUAGCAGUGUCGAGUUCGAGUUAUUCUAUUUGUUCCAUGGUUACCUGAGGAUGGUGACCGGGGAAAACAAAGCCUCUUCCUGUUUUGUUUGCACGAUGACCUUGAAUCCAGCCGUCAUUUUUCUGUGAAAAAUGCAGCGCGGUGUCGCCUGAACAGCACAGGAGAACCAAUCUACAGCCAUUACACUCACUGUGCAAUCAAUAUUCACUUCAGAAUGAUAAGUUGUCUAUUUCCACUUUAAUAAUCAUGUCCAGAAGAAGUUGUCGGCCAAUAAAACAGAAUGUUAACUGAUGUUUUUAAUGACACAAUCAUCUGAUUUAACCUGUAACGGUUCUGCGUCUGGUUUACUGACUGAACGGCUUCCUGCAGCUCAUCUGAAGAAGACACAAAUAACACUGCUGCUUACUUUCACAAUGAACUGGUUUAUGUGUGAAUUAAUUACAUGUAACUCAAUAAAAUG